UAGACCGCGUAGACUAGAGAAACAGCCAAAGCAAACGUUACUGAAUGUCUAUCGAUGUUUCCUGUUUUAAAUACUCAGUCUGGUGAAUAAAACACGUCAGCAAAAUGAUGGAGUCAUGUUUAGGUGGGAAGCCCGAGAGAGUCGGGCCGGUGGUGGUGGAUGACAUCAAGAGAGAUCUGCUCGGCGAAUUCGCAGCUCUACCUGCACAGGAAAGUGUUCAGUCGGAGAACCUGCAGGUGUACCUGAGGGUUCGACCUUUCACUGCAGCCGAGAGCGACAAUGGGUCACAGGAGUGUGUGACCAUCGAGGGACCGGACACUGUGGUCCUGAAGGCUCCCAGGAGCUGUCAAUCAAACCGACAGAGUGAGAAGUCCCUCCCACAGACAGCACAGAGGUUCACCUUCACACAGGUGUUUGAUCCGGAGGCCAGUCAGAAGAAGGUGUUUGAUGGUUCAGUUCGCGGUUUGGUCCGAGACGUUCUGGAAGGAGGAAACUGUCUGGUGUUCACGUAUGGAGUCACCAACGCUGGAAAAACCUUCACAUUCCUGGGUCCAGACCAUGACUCAGGUCUGCUGCCCAGGUCUCUGUCAGUGAUCUUUAACAGUGUUGAAGGUCGUCUGUACGGUCGGGCCGAUCUGAAGCCUCAGCGCUGCAGAGACUUCAGCAGACUGACUCCAGACCAGCAGGCAGCCGAGUCCAGCAGCAAGAGGAACCUGCUGAGGCUGUUUAAAGAGAGUGACAGAAGUCAGACGUCAGGAAGAUCAACGUUUCUUGACGGCUCUUCUCUCAGCACUGACAGCAGCGUGAACAGUGACUCCGAGGCUGACAGUUUCUGUCUGGACGUCGACUCAAACAUCCGUUUCUCCAUCUGGGUUUCAUUUUGUGAGAUUUACAAUGACAACAUCCACGACCUGCUGGAACAGGUUUCCAGUGGACACCAAAAGAGGACGGUGCUGCGUCUGUCUCAGGAUGUCAAAGGAAACUCCUUCAUCAAAGACCUGCGGUGGGUCCAGGUGAACAGUUCGGAGGAGGCCUACAAAGUGAUGAAGAUUGGAAAGAAGAACCAGAGUUUCUCCUCCACUAGACUGAACCAGCUGUCCAGCAGAAGUCACAGCAUCUUCUCCAUCAGGAUCCUCCGAGUGGAUGAUGUUGGAGUUCCCAGAGUCCUCAGCAUAAGCGAGCUGUCUCUGUGCGACCUGGCCGGCUCUGAGCGCUGCUCUCGGACUCACAACACCGGAGAGCGUCUGAAGGAAGCAGGAAACAUCAACAGCUCUCUGCUGACACUCGGGAAGUGCAUCAACGCUAUGAGACUCAACCAGCACGCCAAGUUUCAGCACCACAUUCCCUUCAGGGAGUCCAAACUCACACACUUCCUGCAGUUUUUCUUCUGUGGUGCUGGACGGGUUACGAUGGUUGUUAACAUCAAUCAGAACUCUGCCUGCUUUGAUGAGACGCUCAACGUCCUCAAAUUCUCUGCCCUCGCCCAGAAGGUGGUGGUAUUAAACUCCAGACCAGCGGUGCUGGACGACGCCCCCCACAGGUCGGCCAUGGAGCUGUCAAUGAUCAUUGACGAGGCAGACCGGCGCAGAAAUGUAUCAGGGCGGGACAGGAAGAGCUCGCUGGUUGCCUGGGAGACGACCCUGGAGGACGUGCUGGAGGAUGAGGGUGGUGAGGAGCGGGGGGAGGAGGAUGAAGAUGAGGAGGAGGAGAUGGAGGAGAGUGGGAUGGAGGGAACAGUGCUGGAGGCAGGAGGUGAGGAAGACGAGGAGGAAGGGGACAGGACCAUGGAGGUAGAAGAGAAGUCAGACAGAGAGGCGGCACUGCGUUUGGUUUUGGAGGCUCAGAUCAGAGAAGAAGUCAGCGCUGAGUUCAUGGAUCUCUUCAACAAGAUGGAGAAAGACUACAGUGACCGCCUGGAGAAGGAGAGGGAGAUCCUGGAGGAGCGAGCUGAGAAGAGAGUGGAGAUCCUGAAGAACCUCGUCAGUAAGACUGUCGAUCUGUCGACCGUUUACACUGACAACAGCAAGGAGGAGCAGUUGGAGGGACUCAUCAGCUCAGUGGCUGAAGACCUGGAGAAGAUUAAAGAGGAUGCCCAGAGUGUUCACCGCUGUCUGACUGAGCAAGCACACACUAGUCUGGAGCAGCAGCAGCACAAGUUGUCGGAGCUGAUGGAGAUCUGUCAGCAGAAAGAUGACAUCAUCAAUAAACUCCAGGCAGCCAUGGACGCCACUGUGGGGAACGCCACCAGAGACAGGGAGCUGGUGGAGUCGAUCAGGUCGGAGCUGUUGGAGCUUCAGCAGACCUGCAGCUGUCUGAGGAGGACAGGAGGAGCGGAGGAGAGCAGGAAACGUCAGCGUGAAGCUCUGGAGGACGAGGAGGAGAGAGAACCAGCAAAGAAAAGAGGCUCUCCAGUUUUGGAGGAGGAGAUCUGGAGGUUGCAGGAGGAAAACGACAAGAAAGAGGAAACAAUCUUGGAGCUGAGAGAGAGGGAGGGGAGGAGGAAGGGUCUGGAGGAGGAGCUGAGGAGACGGGAGGAGGAGGUGGAGGAGCUGAAGAAGGAGCAGGCUGUGCUGGAGCAGAAGAUGCAGGAGCUGACAGAUCUGGACGAGUGUCCAAACUGUGACUCUGUGUUUUCGUCUCUGGAGUCGGAGCAGAAGGAAACAUCCCGACUGAUGAAGGAGAACAAAGCUCUGGUUAACGGCAUCUUCCAGCUCCAGACAGAAGUGACUGAUCUCCAGAUGAAGCUCAAAGAGCAGACUGACAUUUCUGACAGCCUAUCAGAGCAGCUCAGCACUGCAAAGACCCGCCUCCAGGACCUGGAGAGCCAAGCAGAGGACAAGGGCCACACCAUUCACAGUCUGACACAGGAAGUGGAGCAUCUGAGACAGGAAGUCAAGGAGGAGGAGCAACGGAGCAGUAGCAGCAGCAGUGUUUUCCACACCGCCAUGGAGGAGCUGAAGAAGGAGAGCCAAGCAGCGCUGGAGAGAUCGGCUCAGAAAUCCCAACAGAUCCAAGAUCUGCAGAGAGAGAAGAACCAGCUGGAGGAAGCUAUGAUGCACAGUGAGAGCAGGUGUAUUGAGCUCAGCGAGGAGUUAGCCAAUCAGAAAGCAGCUUUCACCUGUCAGCUCCAGAGCCUGAGGGCGGAGCUUGAGUCUGAGAGCGGAGCUCUACGAGGGAGACUGGAGGAGAUGGAGAAAUCAGAGGAGGAGAGGAGGAGGAACCAGGAGAGAGAGAAAGAAGAGCUGCAUCAAGUCGUGUCGGAGAAGGAGGACCUCAUAGAAGAAUGUCACAGACAGACGGAGGCUCUGAGAAAAGAGCUGGAGCGUCUGAAGGAGGACCUGCAGAGGAGGGAGGAGGAGGAGGAGAAGGAGAACAGGGAGGCAGAGAAGAGGACAGUGCCAGUGGUGGAGGAGCUUAAGGAGGAGAUCCAGAGACUCCAGGAGAGGAGGGAGAGGCAGCAGGAGGAGGAGGACGGGAAGGGCAGGGAGUUUGAGGCUGUGAGGAGAGAGAUGGAGAGACUACAAAGACUGAAGGAGGAGAGAGAUAACAGCCUGCAGGGAAACAGAGAGAGGUGUGUGCGUGUCCUUUCAGAGCAGGACUUUCAAAUGUCUCCUGUGAGGUCCAACAUGGCUGACAGGAAGAAGACCCCCAAAACAACAGGAAGGAAGAGAAAGAGAUGCGAGGUGCAGGACCUGGUGUUCAGUGAGAACAAGAGAAACAGAGUGAGAAGAAAUAAUAGAACCACUAAAGAGGAGAAGAGAGAUGGGGCUCUUCAGAAGAUCGGAGACUUGAUCCACAGUUCUCCCUCCAUCCUGGGCAGCAAAGCUAAAACCAUCAUUGGUCUGGUCAGUGGACAUUCAGUGGAGAAGGAGACGGUUAACACGGCAACCAAAGCGAAACGAGGACGGAAGAAGCUUUUUAAGAUGGAUGCCCCGCUGCUCGACUCCCCAGACAUGGUGUCAGGCGGAGUGAAGGAGGAGAAGGAGAGUGACCACUUGAUUAUUAAGAGACAACUGCGCUCUAAGACCUGCAGGAAGUGACAUAAUCACCAUGUGACAACACUGUGUAUUUAAACCUGUAGGGACUCUGAGGGGGAGUUUGAUUUUAAAUACCUGUACAUUUGUUUUUAUUUCAGUGUAAAUUUUUUUUUGUUUCUGGGGGUGAAUAAUAAACAGGACAACAUUCUCCCUUCAUGGAAAAUAAAAAAAUCAUUCACCACCUC